AUAUGUAUGUUGACAUUGAUGCAACAGCAGCAGCAAACGCUCGACAAUAAUCACCAGAGUCAGACGGAGCAAGACUACGUGAACGGUGUACCUGCCGAGAAUCACACGGAUGACAGGUCUCACAGCGAGGCUGAGCGCUUGGCGAGGGAAACCGCGGUCGUCACUCCAGGAAAUGGUAGCGUUGGAGAUUCCCCUACGCACUGGAAUGACGUAGACAACGACAAUGAGGAAGAAGAGACGGAUGUCGAAGAAGACAGCGGCUGGAUCACGAAUCAGCCGAUAUCGUCGACUAUUGUUCAGCAGCAGCAAGCGUUUACCACCACAAAUGGCGAUGUCAUCCUACCGAAUCCCGAUCCGUCGGAUUUCGGCGACAUAACCGUGACGAACUCGACGAGAGUGCGUGUGGGUAAUGAGACCAUCUACAAUGGUCCGGUUACCAUAAACCAAUUCGUUUACACGAAUCCUACUCCGAAUCAGGAUGCGAUUGAACUUGACGUUAUCCGCCCUUCCGACAAUAUCUCGAAUUUGUCGACAAGUCAGGACAACGGAGUCCCAAAUGAAUCAAUUUUUCCACAAAAUAUUGAAUUAAAUAAAGUGACGCAAUGGCUCUGGACGUGGAAACGUGCGGUUUUAUCGUGCGUUCUAACUUUAAUACUUCUAGCUAUUGUAGUGCCCAUAACUGUACAUUUAACUCAUCAAUCGGACGCAUCGGUCUUUCCGGAAAUUCCAACCUCAUCGCUCGAGGGUACAAACGUAACAGACACUUCGUUACGUUUUGUCGAGAGGGACGAAUGGGGUGCGCUGCCGCCCUUGGUGCCCCUAAUAAAAAGGAAGCUGCCAGUACCGUAUGUAAUUAUUAGUCACUCCGCGACAUCGGUCUGUAUCACUCCAUCAGAUUGUGCAUUCCAAGUGAGAUUCCUUCAGUAUUCGCAUUUCAACGAUUUCAAUUUUGUGG